GUCGGCUGGGCCGGGGCCGCGGACGAGAUGGCGGAAGGCGGGGGCUCCGGGGAGCAACCAGAUGCGGAGACCCAGAAAUCCGAACUCGGGGCCUUGCUGAGGACCACGCUCCAGCGAGGGGCGCAGUGGUAUCUUAUUGACAGCCGGUGGUUCAAACAGUGGAAGAAGUAUGUGGGCUUUGACAGCUGGGAUGUGUACAAUGUGGGAGAACACAACAUGUUUCCUGGCCCGAUAGAUAACUCCGGACUCUUUUCAGAUCCUGAGAGUCAGACCCUGAAAGAACAUUUAAUAGAUGAAUUGGACUAUGUAUUGGUCCCAACUGAGGCCUGGAAUAAGCUAAUAAACUGGUAUGGCUGCAUAGAAGGCCAGCAGCCCAUCGUCAGAAAAGUCGUGGAGUACGGCCUGUUCGUCAAGCACUGCAAGGUGGAGGUGUAUCUGCUGGAACUGAAGCUCUGUGAGAACAGUGACCCCACCAACAUGCUGAGCUGCCAUUUCAACAAGGCCGACACCAUCGCCACCAUCGAGAAGGAGAUGCGGAAGCUGUUCAACAAUCCUGCGGAGCGGGAGACGCGGCUGUGGAACAAGUACAUGAGCAACACCUACGAGCAGUUGAGCAAGCUCGACAACACUGUCCAGGACGCGGGGCUGUACCAGGGUCAGGUGCUAGUCAUUGAGCCCCAAAAUGAGGAUGGCACGUGGCCGAGGCAGACCCUGCAG